AAACGGAAACUCCCGAGAUGCUGAAGGUGCGCAAUAGCUCGCUCGCUAAAAAGGCGAAGGUUGUUCGCCGUGAGGUAUGCUCUCUCCUGUCGAUUGGUACCAACACUGUCAGCUUCCUGGACGCUCCAAUCUCAUCUCAGGACCAAGUGUCGAAGCAUCUUCUCGCGCUAAAGGAGGCUUUCGACCCCACACAAAAGACUGUUCGCUUCGGCGUUUGCAUGGUGGAUUGCUCUACCGGCGCGUUCCAGCUGUCCGAAUUUGAUGAUACUGAGCAGAGGGACCGUUUGAAAACGCUAUUUGCUCAGUUUCACAUCGUGGAAAUUGUGACAGAGCGAUUCAACAUUUCUGAUGACACGAAGAUGACCCUCAAGCAUUCAGCACCUGCUGCGAUUCGCUCGUCACUGCGCGUGGGAAAGGAGUUUUGGGGUGCUUCGAAGACCAUAGAUGAAAUUGAGCGUGCGGGGUACUUUAAGGAACAUGGAUGGCCGGAAGACGUACUGCACUUUUUGGAAGUGGAUAAAGGCGUGAAGCCCGAGGGUCAACUUGCGAUCAGUGCUCUGGGUGGUUGCAUCUGGCACCUGCGACGUAGCAUUAUUGACCAAGAGCUGCUCUCCCUGUGCAACUUCAAGAGAUACAAGCCUUCGGAUGAGGAGGCACGAGAAGCACGUGCAAACAAGGAAGCGCUGUCCGCUGCUAAGGCCGAGUUAAACCAGCAGUAUGUGGUACUGGACUCGCAGACUAUCCAAAAUCUGGAGGUGCUUUGUAACAGUUUCAACGGAUCCCGCUCAGGAUCUCUCAUCGAUAUAAUGGACAAGACCGUGACGAGCUUUGGUGGGCGAAUGUUUCAGGAAUGGGUGCUAAAACCUUUGUGCAAGAUUGGCGACAUUCAAGAGCGCCUUGAUGCCGUUGAAGAGUUGGGCAACAGCGGCGACUUGAUGAUGGAAAUUCGGGAGUUCCUCCGCAAAUUGCCAGAUUUGGAGCGUUUAUUGUCGCGAAUUCAUGCGCUCGGAUCUGCGCAUCGAUCCCAAGAACACCCGGACAGCCGUGCCAUUAUGUACGAGUCCCAGACUUACAACAUCCGAAAGAUCAAGGAGUUUCUCUCUGUCCUCAACGGCUUUGAUGAAGCUAUGAACCUCACCCUCGAACUGGGGCCUCGCCUGUCACAGUCCACCUCUCCAAUUCUUCAGUCAUUGUUGAAAAGGUACCAAAUUGAGGACGGCGUCCAACCGGACAUUAAGCACGGACAUUUCCCCGAUCUUACAGAGAAGUUGGAGUUCUUCAAGCGCAGCUUUGACCAAGCAGCAGCAAAGAAGAGUGGUGUGAUCGUGCCCCAAGAUGGUGUGGACCCCGAAUUUGAUGCAGCUUGCGCUGACAUCGCUCAGAUCGAAGCUGAGCUAGCAGAGUAUUUAAAGGAACAGCGCAGUGCGCUUCGAUGCCGAGACAUUAACUACUGGGGCAAAAAGAAGGAGGACCGCUAUCAGUUGGAAGUUCCCGAGAGCGCUUUGUCGAAGCAGCCGAAAGAGUAUGAGCUGAAGUCUCGCAAGAAGGGGUACAAGCGCUUCCACACUCCCACGAUUCGUGGCCUGUUGAAACGGUUGGCUGCAGCGGAGGAUCAAAAGGAGGAGGCGCUAAAGGACCAGACACGUCGCAUCUUUCACAAGUUUGACGAGGACUACAAGUACUGGAUGAAGGCGGUGCAGUGCUUGGCUGUGUUGGACUGCUUGGUAUCCCUUGGACUGCUCAGCAGCCAAAGUGAAGGCUAUACAAAACCGGAGGUGGUGGCGGCGAGCGCAGCAAACGGAGGAACGCCUUUCAUUGAUAUUGAAGAAGGUGUGCACCCCUGUGUUGCUGCAACUUACGGCAGUGGCGACUUCAUUCCGAACGAUGCGCACCUCGGUAUUGAAGGUAAGGGCCAAAUGGUUCUCCUCAGUGGACCAAACAUGGGUGGUAAGUCGACGCUGUUGCGCCAAACGUGCGUACUCACGCUCAUGGCCCAGAUCGGAAGCUUCGUUCCUGCUGCCAAGUGUCGUCUCAGCCCCGUGGACCGCAUUUUCACGCGGAUUGGUGCGUCUGACCGCAUCCUUGCUGGCCAGAGUACUCUUUACGUGGAGCUGGCCGAGACGGCGACGAUCCUGAACCACGCUACCAGCCACUCGCUCGUGAUCCUGGACGAGUUGGGACGUGGUACGUCGACGUUCGACGGCACUGCUAUCGCGUACUCGGUUGUUGAGCAUUUGCUGAGCGACAUCCAGUGUCGAACCAUGUUCGCUACUCACUACCACUCGCUGGUUGAAGAGUACGUGGGCAACGACAAGGUCUCAUUGGGCCACAUGGGAUGCAUCGUCGACCCGGAGAAUGAUCGCAAGGUCACGUUCCUGUACAAGUUGGAGGACGGCAUGUGCCCCAAGAGCUACGGCAUCAACGUCGCCAUGCUGGCCAAACUCCCGGACGAAGUGGUCGAGUGCGCUGCGAAGAAGUCGGAGCAAUUCGAGCGGUCCUUGCAGGCGAACUCACACACAGAGCUUGAGACUCUCCGGCUAGCGCAGAAGGUGAAGGAAGCACUCGAAGAAGGAGAAGCCGGUGUUGACAAGCUCAAGCAGCUCUGGCAAGAAGCACGCGCCGCCAUCCGCGCUUCAAGUGUCGGCUCGCCAAUCAUGUAGCCCUCAAGCCAGAAUCGACGCGCUUUUUCGUAUCGGACCGAAACCCUGCGCUUGGCUCGACUUCUCAGUAAAGUUGGUAGAAAUCAUGACUUCCUCGUAGCCAUCUGACGUCAGAUGGCUACAUACAUCUAUACCGAAAUUAACGAAAAAUCCGAAAAUAAGCCGAGUUAUCACUGCAGUCAUUCCAACGCAGCAAUGCGUCAAGACAAGUCGCUGGUGGAGCUGGCUGUAGCGGCGGUGGCGCUCUUCACACCCGUCCAGGAGAUCCUCGACUAUGUCGAGUACCUGCCCACAACCAUUCGCCAUCGGCUCUUCAAGGAGCUGUCCAACUUCCGGCUGCGGGAGAUGGAAGUGGCCUGGGAGGCGGCUGCCAAGCUGGAAGCCCCAGAGCCUCGCGACGGAUUCGACCCGCAAGCCGGCGACAAGUUCCUGUUCGACCGAGAGACGCAGCGCGUGUGGGAGCUCCGCAUGAAGGCAGCAAGACUGGGCUACGAGCCGAUCCCCAUCGAAAACACGGCAGCAGCUCAGGGCCGCAGACGCAAUCACCGGAACGUCUUCUGGGAGCACCAGUUCCGUACGCUGCUCAAGCUGCGGACACCGCUGGACCUCGCGGGGCCAGUCGACGUGUUGGUGGAGUGCCAGAAACUUUUCGUGGAUGUUGUGGAGGUACUGAAAGUGCACGGUCGUGAGGUUUGUGAGGACAACGUAAAGCUGAUCUUAGCGCUCGGACGACUGCGACGACUGGAGGUGCAUCACCCAGAACAGCAAGGCACUCACUGGGAGUCUAUGGAAUCCUUGAUGCAGGGUCAUUCGCAUCUCACAGAGCUGGGGUUCUUACACGGCAAGUUGAGCGACAACCAGCUCGCUCAAAUCCGUGGCGCGCUGGCGAAGCCCCCCACCAUGUUGGAAAAAGGUUUAAACUGCAGCAGGAUCACGACAUUGGAGCUGGUCUCUGUGAGAAUUCGGCCUGAAGGGUUCCGCCAAUUGGUAUCACUGGUGGCGGAGAUGAAGCAACUAGCCCAGCUGAGGGUGAGCAAUACCAUCACAGAUUUCGAAACGAAGCUACUAAUCGACGCAGCACUUUGCGCUCCAAAGCUGCAAAGGCUGUUCCUGGAACACAACGAGCUGGAAGUUGAUGCAUUCUUGGGUCUCUCGAAAAUGCGAAAGCCGUUAGCAUUGCGCCACCUCCGUCUCAGCGACAACGAUGUGUCGCCCAUAACGCUGGGGGCUAUCUGCAGCGCCAGCAUGGAUGGGGUGCUGAAUCUGGAGCGGCUUGAACUGACGAACAAUGUGCAAAUUGGUGAUGCGGGUAUACACGCGCUUACACCAAUGCUAGCGUCCCCCAGUGCUGAGCCGACUGCAGUACUAACUCAUUUGGAUGUUCGCGGCUGCAAUUUUGGCCUCGAAGGUGCCACGUCUCUACUGCUUGCGUUGGGCCAAAACAAAACGCUGAAGCACUUGAACCUCGCGCAGAACUUUUUCGAUGUUGGCUUUGGUGACGUACUGGCAGACUUCUUGUUCACGAACCAGUCCGUCACAAAUUUACAAGCGAACGGCGUCGGAUUGGGUCUGGCAGGUGUGUCUGCUCGACUGCUGACGGCAUUAGAGAGCAACACCACACUCACAUCUCUUUCAUUGGGGGCAAACCGGUUGAGAAACGACGGUGCAUCUGCACUGCUUCGCUCGCUGAUUAAGCGAGCACAGAAGAAACCAUUCUCGCUGGUUGACUUGAGUGGAAAUUUGCUCACAUUGAGUGGACUAGCGAUGUUAGCCGACAUAUUAGAGAACCCCACCAAUGACACCAGUUCCCACUCGAACAACUCCAGAAGCGACGGUGAAGGGGGGACUCUAUCCGACCGCAAGCGACGACGCACUAGUAGCUCGGACAAUCGCGACAACUCGCUGAGUCCUUGCAACGCCAAUAGCAAGCCAAUCGAAGAGCUUUGCCUGCUCAAUAACGACUUCCUCGGCGCUGAUGAGUACGUGGGCGACAGCUCCAAGCUUAUCGAGGCUAUUCGUAGUCGCGUGGGUCACCUCAAGAGCAACGAAUGGGCUAUUCAGCACCAAGUGUACGACGAUGAAGUGUAGGGCAAAAUAGAAUUCAUGUACCAUAACUCAAAAAUACCUCGCUGUC